AUGCAGAAGCAGAGGACGAGUGCUUGCUCGAGGACGCGGACGGCACCAAGUGGCAGGUCACCGAGGGCCGCGGAGAAGGACGAAGGUCUGUUCGAGGACGCAGACGGCACCAAGUGGCAGGUCACCGAGGGCCGCGGCUUGCUGACAGGCCUGGAAGAAAGGCUGGGGGGUUUGAAGGCCUUGUACAAGCGCAAGUUUGGCCUGGACGUAGACGAGGAGGAGGAGGACGAGUGCUUGCUCGUGGACGCGGACGGCACCAAGUGGCAGGUCACCGAGGGCCGCGGCUUGCUCACCAGCUUUGAGGACAGGCUCGAGGGCCUGAAGGCCCUGUACAAGCGCAAGUAUGGCCUGGACGUGGACGAGGAGGAGAAGGACGCAGGUCUGUUCGAGGACGCGGACGGCACCAAGUGGCAGGUCACCGAGGGCCGCGGCUUGCUGACAGGCCUGGAAGAAAGGCUGGGGGGGUUGAAGGCCUUGUACAAGCGCAAGUUUGGCCUGGACGUAGACGAGGAGGAGGAGGACGACGACGAGUGCUUGCUCGAGGACGCGGACGGCACAAUGUGGAAGGUCACCGAGGGCCGCGGUUUGCCCACCAGCUUGGAGGACAGGCUCGAGGGCCUGAAGGCCCUGUACAAGCGCAAGUAUGGCUUGGACAUGGACGAGGAGGAGGAGGACGAAGGUCUGUUCGAGGACGCGGACGGCACCAAGUGGCAGGUCACCGAGGGCCGCGGCUUGCUCACCAGCUUGGAGGACAGGCUCGAGGGCCUGAAGGCCCUGUACAAGCGCAAGUAUGGCCUGGACAUGGACGAGGAGGAGGAGGACGACGAGUGCUUGCUCGUGGACGCGGAUGGCACCAAGUGGCAGGUCACCGAGGGCCGCGGCUCGCUGACCAGCUUGGAGGACAGGCUCGAGAGCCUGAAGGCCCUGUACAAGCGCAAGUAUGGCCUGGACGUAGACGAGGAGGAGAAGGACAAGAGCAUGUUCGAGGACGCGGACGGCACCAAGUGGCAGGUCACCGAGGGCCGCGGCUUGCUCACCAGCUUGGAGGACAGGCUCGAGGGCCUGAAGGCCCUGUACAAGCGCAAGUAUGGCUUGGACGUGGACGAGGAGGAGGAGGAGGAGGACGAGUGCUUGCUCGUGGACGCGGACGGCACCAAGUGGCAGGUCACCGAGGGCCGCGGCUUGCUCACCAGCUUGGAGGACAGGCUCGAGGGCCUGAAGGCCCUGUACAAGCGUCUGUUCGAGGACGCGGACGGCACCAAGUGGCAGGUCACCGAGGGCCGCGGCUUGCUGACAGGCCUGGAAGACAGGCUGGAGGACCUGAAGGCCUUGUACAAGCGCAAGUUUGGCCUGGACGUGGACGAGGAGGACGAGGGCCUGUUCGAGGACGUAGACGGCACCAAGUGGCAGGUCAUUGAGGGCCGCGGCCCCCUGACCAGUUUGGAGGACAGGCUGGAGGACUUGAAAGCCCUGUACAGGCGCAAGUUUGGCCUGGACGUGGACGAGCAGUCGGACGAGAGCCUGUUCGAGGACGCGGACGGCACCAAGUGGCAGGCCAUUGAGGGCCGCGGCUUUCUGACCGGCCUGGAGGACAGGCUCGAGGACCUGAAAGCCUUGUACAAGCGCAGGUUUGGCCUGGACGUGGACGAGGAGGAGGACGAGGGCCUGUUCGCGGACGCAGACGGCACCAAGUGGCAGGUCAUUGAGGGCCGCGGAGCCCUGAGCGGCUUUGAGGACAGGCUGGAGAACCUGAAAGCCCUGUACAGGCGCAAGUUUGGCCUGGACCUGGACGAGCAGUCGGACGAGAGCCUGUUCGAGGACGCGGACGGCACCAAGUGGCAGGCCAUUGAGGGCCGUGGCUUUCUGACUGGUCUGGAGGACAGGCUCGAGGACCUGAAGGCCUUGUACAAGCGCACGUAUGGCCUGGACGUGGACGAGGAGGAGGACGAGGGCCUGUUCGAGGACGCAGACGGCACCAAGUGGCAGGUCACUGAGGGCCGCGGCUUUCUGGCUGGCCAAGAGGACAGGCUGGAGGACCUGAAGGCCAUGUAA